GCGGGGUGGGCGGGCGGAGAGAGAGGCGGGUCCUGGAGGGAAAACGGUGCAGUACGGGGAGAGCAGUGAGGCGAGAGCGGAGGAGCGGCGGCCGCGCUCGGGCUGCGGAGAGCGGGGCGGACGCGCCAUGGGGUGCUCAGAGCCCAGAUCACCAUGAGGACCUAGGGCGCCUGGCUGCUGACCCUUCUGGCCUUCCGUGACCAUGGCCCCCCGCAAGAGGAGCCGCCAUGGCCUGGGCUUCCUGUGUUGCUUUGGGGGCAGCGAUCUCCCCGAGAUCAAUCUCCGGGACAGCCACCCUCUGCAGUACAUGGAAUUCUCCAGCCCCAUCCCGAACCCUGAGGAGCUGAAUGUCCGCUUCGCAGAGCUGGUGGAUGAAUUGGAUCUCACCGACAAAAACCGGGAGGCUGUGUUCGCACUGCCCCCGGAGAAGAAAUGGCAGAUCUACUGCAGCAAGAAGAAGGAGCAGGAAGAUCCCAACAAGCUGGCCACGAGCUGGCCUGACUACUACAUUGACCGCAUCAACUCCAUGGCUGCGAUGCAGACUCUGUACUCCUUUGAUGAGGAGGAGAUGGAGAUGAGGAACCAAGUCGUGGAAGACCUGAAGACGGCUCUCCGGACGCAGCCCAUGAGGUUUGUGACUCGCUUCAUCGAGUUGGAAGGCUUGACCUGCCUGCUGAAUUUCCUCCGGAGCAUGGACCACGCCACCUGUGAGAGCCGCAUCCACACCUCCCUCAUCGGCUGCAUCAAGGCGCUGAUGAACAACUCCCAGGGGCGGGCGCACGUGCUGGCCCAGCCCGAGGCCAUCAGCACCAUCGCCCAGAGCCUCCGCACGGAGAACAGCAAGACCAAGGUGGCCGUGCUGGAGAUCCUGGGCGCCGUGUGCCUCGUGCCGGGGGGCCACAAGAAGGUGCUGCAGGCCAUGCUGCACUACCAGGUGUACGCGGCCGAGCGGACGCGCUUCCAGACACUGCUAAAUGAGCUAGAUCGAAGUUUGGGCCAAUACCGGGAUGAGGUGAAUCUGAAAACCGCCAUCAUGUCCUUCAUAAAUGCUGUCCUCAACGCUGGAGCUGGAGAGGACAAUCUGGAGUUCCGCCUACAUCUACGGUACGAGUUCCUGAUGCUGGGGAUACAGCCUGUGAUUGACAAGCUCCGGCAACACGAGAAUGCCAUACUGGACAGGCACUUAGACUUCUUCGAGAUGGUCCGGAAUGAGGACGACCUGGAGCUAGCCAGGAGGUUUGACAUGGUCCAUAUCGACACCAAGAGUGCUUCCCAGAUGUUCGAGCUGAUCCACAAGAAGCUCAAGCACACGGAGGCCUACCCCUGCUUCCUCUCUGUGCUGUACCACUGCCUGCAGAUGCCCUGCAAGUGGAAUGGUGGCUACUUCCAGCGGUGGCAGCUCCUAGACCGCAUCCUCCAGCAGAUCGUUCUCCAGGAUGAGAGGGGCAUGGACCCUGACCUGGCUCCGUUGGAGAACUUCAAUGUCAGGAACAUCGUCAACAUGCUCAUCAAUGAGAAUGAAGUGAAACAGUGGCGAGACCAGGCUGAGAAGUUCCGGAAAGAACACACGGAGGUGGUGAGUCGGCUAGAGAGGAAGGAGCGAGAAUGUGAGACGAAGACGCUGGAGAAAGAGGAGAUGAUGCGGACACUGAACAAGAUGAAGGACAAGCUGGCCCGGGAGUCCCAGGAGCUGCGCCAGGCUCGGGGACAAGUGGCAGAGCUGGUGGCCCAACUCAAUGAAAUCUCAACAGGCCCUGCAUCCAUCCCACCUCCCCCCAGAGGCCCACUCGCCUCAUCUUCCUUGAUGACAACCAGUGACCUGCCUCCACCCCCGCCCCCUCUACCCUUCGCCUGCUGCCCCCCUCCGCCACCGCCACCCCUUCUACCCAGUGGGCCUCCCACGCCCCCAGGUGCCCCGCCUUGCUUCAGCAUGGGCCUGCCCCUCCCUCUGGACCCCUUCCCUAGCAGCAGUACCCUACUCAGGAAGAAGCAUGUUCCCCAGCCCUCCCACCCGCUGAAGUCCUUCAACUGGGUCAAGCUGAAUGAGGACCGUGUUCCUGGCACCGUGUGGACUGAGAUCGAUGACAUGCAGAUAUUUCGGAUUCUGGACCUGGAAGAUUUUGAAAAAAUGUUCUCAGCCUAUCAGAGGCAUCAGGAGCUGAUAACUAAUCCUCAGCAGAAAGAGUUGGGCUCCACCGAGGACAUCUACCUGGCCUCCCGCAAGGUCAAAGAGCUGUCGGUUAUUGAUGGCCGGAGGGCCCAGAACUGCGUCAUCCUUCUCUCCAAGUUGAAGCUUUCUAAUGAGGAGAUCCGGCAGGCCAUCUUGAAGAUGGAUGAGCAGGAGGACCUCGCUAAGGACAUGUUGGAGCAGCUUCUCAAGUUUGUCCCGGAAAAGAGUGACAUUGAUCUCCUUGAGGAACAUAAGCAUGAAAUUGAGCGGAUGGCCCGCGCUGACCGCUUCCUCUAUGAAAUGAGCAGGAUUGACCACUACCAGCAGCGACUCCAGGCCCUCUUCUUCAAGAAGAAGUUCCAGGAGCGUCUGGCUGAGGCCAAGCCCAAAGUGGAAGCCAUCCUGCUGGCCUCCCGGGAGCUGAUCCACAGCAAGCGUCUAAAGCAGAUGCUCGAGAUCGUCCUGGCCAUUGGCAACUUCAUGAACAAAGGGCAGCGUGGGGGUGCCUACGGGUUCCGGGUGGCCAGCCUCAACAAGAUUGCCGACACCAAGUCCAGCAUCGACAGAAACAUUUCUCUGCUCCAUUACCUGAUCAUGAUCCUGGAGAAGCAUUUCCCUGACAUCCUGAAUAUGCCCUCAGAGCUGCAGCAUCUUCCAGAAGCUGCCAAAGUCAACCUAGCAGAGCUGGAGAAGGAAGUGGGCAACCUGAAGAGGGGCCUCAGAGCCGUUGAGGUGGAGCUGGAAUAUCAGAAAUGCCAGGUGCGGGAAAGGAAUGACAAAUUUGUCCCAGUCAUGAGUGACUUCAUCACAGUCUCCAGCUUCAGCUUCUCAGAGCUAGAGGACCAGCUGAAUGAGGCCAGAGACAAGUUUGCCAAGGCUCUGGCGCACUUUGGGGAGCAUGAGAACAAGAUGCAGCCGGAUGAAUUCUUUGGCAUCUUCGACACCUUCCUGCAGGCCUUCUUGGAGGCCCGGCAGGACUUGGAGGCUAUGAGGAAAAGGAAGGAGGAGGAGGAACGGCGGGCGCGGAUGGAAGUCAUGCUGAAGGAGCAGAGGGAGCGGGAGCGGUGGCAGCGGCAGCGGAAGGCCAGCCCAGGCAGCUCACUGGAGGAAGGAGGAGAGUUCGAUGACUUGGUGUCAGCCCUGCGCUCGGGGGAAGUUUUUGACAAGGACUUGUGCAAGCUCAAACGCAGCCGCAAACGAUCAGGGAGCCAGGCUCUCGAAGCCACCCGGGAGCGGGCAAUCAACAGGCUAAAUUAUUGACCUGGGGACUGGCCACAGCAGGAGGCUUGGAGGUAGGAACAGGACCCGAGAGGGGCAGAGGGGAGAAGGUAUGCUUAAACAAUUUGGUGCUUGGUUUAGAGCCUGGGGCUGGGUCCUGGGGUAGGGAUUGCGUGUGGCUGGACCAGGUGUCUCCUCACACCAGGGGCUCCUCUCAUCUCCUCUUCAUAUUACUCUUGCUGCAUCUGGCCUCUAGGGACCAGACACUGAGGCUGGCAUGGACAUCCUGUGCAUGUCUGGGGCCUCUGGCCAGGUAACCAUAGGAUGAGGGGGCCCUGCCCCAUCCCCCACACCAUGAGAGCCAAAUAUAGGCACAGAACUGUUCCAGAUCCUCUAGACCCCAGGGAUGCAUGUACCCUUGUCCAGAUUCCAUGGGCAGUGGGGAAGAGUAGGAUGGGGGCAUCUAGGCUCCCAUCCCUCUAGAGGAGGCUUGGAACAUUGAGCUGGGGGUGAACUUUCCUCUUGGGUGGAAAAGGAAGAGGCAUUAUCUAUGCUAGUUACAUCAGCUCUACUACAUUCCAGAAAAGAAAAAAAAUGUUGGGUGGAUGAUGCAGGGACUGAAGCCAUCAGGAGACAGAGUACCUGUGCCUUUUUCCUGCAUGUCUUAGUGUUCCUUCCUUUCUUCCCCCCACCUCUAUCCUACUAAUCCAGAAUCCCAGAAAACACUAAUGGGUUCCAGUGACGAGGAAUCUGGUAUGGGAGGGGGUUCAGGAAAGACCCCGUUCAUCACACCUCCAGCCUUGAGCCUAAGGACCAGGGAACAAAACUCUCCCCACCUCCCCCAAACCUGAACAUUGUCUUGCAACCAGACGGUGACCUCAGAACGUUGCCUAGGAGCUCCCUGGUCAGCCACUUUAAUGCUAUGCAGAGCCCUGCUUUUUCUCUGAAAACUAGACACAGGUCAGUCAUUUCCCACUCUGUGCAGCCUGCAAGCGAUUACUUUGAGUCACACCUACUGCUGAGGCUGGCCCGCCUGCCUUUACAUGCUAUCUCUCAAGGUGUUGCCCUUCCCAGAGGUAUUGGGGCUGAGAAAGCGGGCAGGGAAAGCUGGGGUGCUGGAGGAGAAAGGCUAACUAGUUUGGGGUACGGCACUACUUGGAACCAAGGGACGGUGGAGAGGGGGCUCUGCCCUCCAUCGUUGGGAUGUAGGACAGCUGUAUCAGGAUAAAUUCCCUCUCCUUAAAGGUGAGUGACGUCAAUUCCAUCAAGGCUCUUAUUUUCAAUACAUUUUUACCACUUUGUGCUUUCCAUCCCAGAGAGAUGACCUUUCAUCUCUGUGUCUGACAGAUGGGUCCUAUCUGAUCCCCACCCCCACCCCCACCUAGCUCCCUGCCCUUCCCUUUGUUUCUCACCUUCUGACAGCAUCCCCUGGCUCAGGGUUCUUGCCAGCAGACAGACCGCUGGGCUCGGCCCACUCUUCAGCUGCCUAUCUUCUGCCUUUUCCCUGCAUCAGAUUCCUGGGGGUGGGUCCUUAGUAGUUGCAGUUGAAGAAAAACUGGGUGAGCCCAGCAUGUAUGUUGGUUUGAGUGGGUAUGUGUUCUGGGAGGAGAGAUUUGAGCAAGUGCAGGCUUGGCUGGGAGAGGUGUGAGGAGGCCAUCGUGGAAUCCAGGUGAAGGCUUCCAGGAGCUUUGUUCCACCCAUCUGCACACCAAGAACUGCCUCUCCCCGACCUGCCCGCUGUGAGAAGCAGGUGUCGGGCUGAAGGGAAGGUUGUGGGUGGGGCCUCUUAAGGGCCUCGCUCCGCUGGCUGGCCCAAGGGAUGCCUACACUGUCAGGGCCCGGGAGCAGAGGAAGGCUCUGCUUUUGUAUGGCAAGCAUUUCCUGGCAAAAAAUGGCUACAUACCAGGAACGAUAAGGAAUAUAGAAGCUGUUCCCACACAUUCAAUCUGCAGAAAAGCAGUUUGGUUUAACUGUUUACAGAAAACACAUGCAUUGUUCCAGGGCCCAAGCCUCUCACCCCCAAAUGAUGUCUCCUCUAUUUAUUGUUUUCUAGUUCUGGUCAAUGGCUCUGGCAACAGAGGCCAUGAUGGCUAGUUCUCCCCCAGUGCCUUGGACCACAGACUUUUGUGGGUGAUUUGGCAAGAAGGGGCUGUUGCCCCACAGAGGUGGCUUAGCUGGUCCCUGAUGUGCUAAAUGUUUAAAGUUGUCCCUUGGUCCAGCGUUCCCCAGGGCCCUUCCUGUCUCUCCUGCCACCUUUGGCAGCUGUCUAAUCUUGUGUCCGGUAUAAAACUCAUAGCUAACCUCACACAACCUGGCCCUGCUCAGUAGCAGCACCCACUCCCGGUCCCCUGUGCUAGAGUGUUUAGGAUGGUGGGAGGAGAAACUCUCCAGAUGCAUGGGGAAGGGGCUGGCCUGUGCCCUCCCCAUGCUAACCCACCCCCCCCACCCACCCCACCGUUGAGGCCCUCAUGCCAAUGCUGCUCUCACCAGCUCUCUCAGACGACAAAUGAGUCUAAUGUACAAAAUCGGUAGUGCCCUUUUUAUCUGUACCUUUUUUUAUAAGAAUAUAUUGUAAUACUAAAAAAUAUUAAAUCCAUACCAUCUCCAUUCA